CUGCUGUUUUCUAGCUGUCUGUCUCCUUUUGCCAGUGGAGCAGAGACCUAUCCACUCGUCACUGAGCCUCUCCAGGCCUGAGGAGACUUCCUGUUAUGUUUGAUGAGUAAGGAUGAAUCAUAAGAAGCUGGCCUUUCUCUUCCUCCUGAAAGCAGAAGUGAUUCUUACUGAGAUGUCCAACUUUGUCAUUAGCCAAAUUAAUUUGGACUCAUAUCAAGAUGCUCUGAAGAAUAACAACCCUUUAGGAUAGCCACUGCAACAUCAUGACCAAAGACAACGAACCUAUUGUGAAAAGCUCCCGUUUUGUUUGCCUUAUGAUCAUAAUUAUCCAGUUUUCCGACGAAAAUGAAUUUGCAGUAGACAAGUCAAAAAGAGGCCUUACUCAUGUUCCAAAAGACCUACCACUGAAAACCAGAGUCUUAGACAUGUCUCAGAACUACAUAUCUGAGCUUCAGGUUUCUGACAUGAGCUUUCUGUCAGAGUUGAAAGUUUUGAGACUUUCCCAUAACAGAAUCCAGCUACUUGAUUUAAGUGUCUUCAAGUUCAAUCAGGAUUUGGAAUACUUGGAUUUGUCUCAUAAUCAGUUGCAAAAGAUCUCUUGCCAUCCUAUUGUGAGUUUCAGGCAUUUAGAUCUCUCAUUCAAUGACUUCAAGGCCCUGCCCAUCUGUAAGGAAUUUGGCAACUUGUCGCAACUGAAUUUCUUGGGAUUGAGUGCUAUGAAGUUACAAAGAUUAGAUUUGCUGCCAGUUGCUCACUUGCAUCUAAGUUAUAUUCUUCUGGAUUUAAGAAAUUAUUAUGUGAAAGAAAAUGAGACAGAAAGUCUAAAAAUUCUGAAUGCAAAAACACUUCACCUUGUUUUUCACCCAAAUAGUUUAUUCUCUAUCCAAGUGAGCAUAUCAGCUAAUACUCUAGGGUGCCUACAACUGACUAAUAUUAAAUUGAAUGAUGACAACUGUCAAGUUUUCAUUAAUUUUUUAUCAGAACUCACCAGAGGUCCAAACUUACUGAAUUUUACCCUCAACCACAUGGAAACAACUUGGAAAUGCCUGGUUAGAGUCUUUCAAUACCUUUGGCCCAAACCUGUGGAAUACCUCAGUAUUUACAAUUUAACAAUAAUUGAAAGCAUUCACAAAGAAUAUUUUACUUAUUCUGAAACGACAUUGAAAGCACUGAAAAUAGAACAUAUCACAAACCAAGUUUUUCUUUAUUCACAGACAGCGUUGUACACAGUGUUUUCCGAGAUGAACAUUAUGAUGUUAACCAUUUCGGAUACACCAUUUAUACACAUGCUGUGUCCUCAUGCACCAAGCACAUUCAAGUUUUUGAACUUUACUCAGAAUGUUUUCACAGAUAGUAUUUUUGAAAAAUGUUCCACGUUAGUUAAAUUGGAGACACUUAUCUUACAAAAGAAUGGAUUAAAAGACCUUUUCAAAGUAGGUCUCAUGACUAAGGAUAUGCCAUCUUUGGAAAUAUUGGAUGUUAGCUGGAAUUCUUUGGAAUCUGGUAGACAUGAGGAAAACUGCACUUGGGUUGCAAGUAUAGUGGUGUUAAAUUUGUCUUCAAAUAUACUUACUGACUCUGUUUUCAGAUGUUUACCUCCCAGGAUCAAGGUACUUGAUCUUCACAGCAAUAAAAUAAAGAGCAUUCCUAAACAAGUCGUAAAACUGGAAGCUUUGCAGGAACUCAAUGUUGCUUUCAAUUCUUUAACCAACCUUCCUGGAUGUGGCAGCUUUAGCAGCCUUUCUGUAUUGAUCAUUGAUCACAAUUCAGUUUCCCACCCAUCAGCUGAUUUCUUCCAGAGCUGCCAGAAGAUGAAGUCAAUAAAUGCAGGGAACAAUCCAUUCCACUGUACCUGUGAUCUAAGAGAAUUUGUCAAAAAUAUAGGCCAGGUAUCAAGUGAAGUGAUAGAGGGCUGGCCUGAUUCUUAUAAGUGUGACUACCCAGAUAGUUAUAGAGGAAUUCCACUGAAGGACUUUCACAUGUCUGAAUUAUCCUGCAACGUAACUCUGCUGAUUAUCACCAUUGGGGCCACCAUGCUGGUGCUGGCUGUGACUAUGACCUCCCUCUGCAUCUACUUGGAUCUGCCCUGGUAUCUCAGGAUGGUGUGCCAGUGGACCCAGACCCGGCGCAGGGCCAGGAACGUACCCUUAGAAGAACUCCAAAGAAAUCUCCAGUUUCAUGCUUUUAUUUCAUAUAGUGGGCACGAUUCUAUCUGGGUGAAAAAUGAAUUGGUACCUUGCCUAGAGAAAGAAGGUCUACAGAUUUGUCUCCAUGAGAGAAACUUUGUUCCUGGCAAGAGCAUUGUGGAAAACAUCAUCAACUGCAUUGAGAAGAGUUACAAGUCCAUCUUUGUCUUGUCGCCCAACUUUGUCCAGAGCGAGUGGUGUCAUUAUGAACUCUAUUUUGCCCAUCACAAUCUCUUCCAUGAAGGAUCUAAUAACUUAAUCCUCAUCUUAUUGGAACCCAUUCCACAGAACAGCAUUCCCAACAAGUACCACAAGCUGAGGGCUCUCAUGACACAGCGGACUUAUUUGGAAUGGCCCAAGGAGAAAAGUAAACGUGGGCUUUUUUGGGCUAACAUUAGAGCCGCUUUUCACAUAAAAUUAACACUAGUCACUGAAAACAAUAGGUGAAACCUUAAAAAAAAAUUAAGGAAAUCCAAUUUAAGAAACCAUUAUUUACUUGGAUUAUGUGAACAGUGCAGUUCUGAGUAACUGUCUGGAGGCGUCUCCAUUAUCCUCAUGCCUUCAGGAAAGACUUAACAAAAAAAUAAUGUUUCAUCUGGGGAAUUAGGCUAGGGGGUGAGGUGGUACUCAACUUGCCAGUGACAGACAGCCCAGUCUCUUUUGGUUUAAUGAUUAUGUUUCAAAUUGAAACAGUCUCUUUUGAGUAAAUGUUUUUCAGUUCCUUUUCCAAAUGGAUUCUGUGUGAGCAACGGUUUAUCUGGCUUCAUGGCUGCAAGAAAACAGUCAACUUCAGCAUCAUAUGCUCUGGCCCUUAGAGUGCCCCAUGAAUCCUAUUGGUCUCUGGGUCAGCGUCAUUAUUUUGUUCAACUUUGGGGUUUGGGGGAAAAAUGAGAUCACCUAUGACAUAUAAAAAAGUCUUUUGUUUCA